AUAACACGGUGGGAGUCUCUACACUUACCUGCGGACGAUUAGCAGAAUCACAUUUCAGCAUGGUGAUACAGGUACAUGUUGAGGGUAUCACAAAGUUUGAAGAGGUGGCAGAGGAACACAAGGGCAAGACGAUAUUUGCACUCUUUUCAGGUUCCGUGAAUGACGAGGGUAAAAACUGGUGCCCCGACUGUGUGGCUGCUGAUCCUGUAGUGUCGAGAAAUGUGGCGAGUGCCCCAAAUGAUGCUGUAUUCAUUCAUUGUGGAGUUGGUGGCAGAGACUAUUGGAAAGACCAGAAAAAUGAUUUUAGAACCAAGUUGGGACUGAAGUGUGUUCCUACCUUGAUGAUAUUGGGAAAGCCGAAUAAACUUGAAGAGGAGCAGUGCGCUAAUGAUGAUUUGGUAAAAAUGCUUUUCUCUGAAGAAGACUGAUAAACCUUCAUUUCAACUCUAAAGCUUUAUAAUAGAACAAAAUGGUUACAGGCUGAAUGAUUGCAAGCUUCGGUUGUUAUGUAUUUCUACACUGGAGAUAGGUGAUAUAUUCAAGAAAUUUGCUGUUGUUUUGCUUUUGAAUUUUGCAAACACAUCUCGGAUACAGAGUUUACUUAUCCAAGUACAAUACUAUGGUAUUAUUCAGGUUAGAGUAAAAGUUAAAUUUAAUGACAUAUAUGUAUGCUUGAGAAUGGCGACACUUUAAGAAUCGUUGUAUGUAACUCAGACUGGAAAAUUGAAGUAAAUCUCAAUAUGUUAAUCUGUAAUUUUAACAAUUUUGUACAAUUAUAAGUCGUAGUUCGUAUCUAAAAGUUGAACAAAUGAGGUGUACAUGUACAUGUUAAUUAGUCUAAGUAUGUCACAUAAAAUGUGCAUUUGUAAAUCUAGAAUUAAAUGUAAUUGAUGAUGAUGUAUAAUAAAUAUGUUGAAAAGAAGUAA